CACAUACUGAAAGCAAGUGACGCGCGAAUCGCUCACCUGGUGAUAUUUUCAUUCUCUGUUUUGUGAUUUUAUCUGUUUUGUUUUUAGAAUUUUUUUCUAUUAAUAAUAAAGUAGAACUGGAGUUGAAGCAGGAAGUGAGCGCCAGCCAUAAAAUUCAAUAUCAGUUUCCAUACUGGCUAUAAUUUGUGCUUUGGGAAAUUGCGCACCGAUUUGAUAUGGCAGAGGAGUGAGACGCCUUUGCCAAAAUGCCUGUCAACUGGAAUAUAACUUUUUCACGGCGUUCCUAUGGAAUAUAGUCCGAUUUUGCACAGUCUAUAUGUUGUGCCAUCAUCCCACGUGAAAAACAAACUCUUUGUGUUCGGCAUAAUGCUGUCCCUUUGGGUGUAUAUGAUUUAUUGUUGUGUUGGCUACUGCUCAACUAUGCCAAACCUGACGUACGGCUCGGUGAACAGGCACGAAAACGAUGCAGAAGUUAACAAUCAGGAGUCAUUUCUCGGGGCGUCCAGGGACUUACUGAAUAACGAAAACGAUUUGGACAGCAGAGGAGAAGAGUGGGAUGAAAUUAGAGGCGAGACGAAGGCGUUGGAUGAUAAUGCCAUGUCAGGUUUCCUCAAUGAGUCGGAAAGUAAAAAGUUGCCCCAGGCGAUCAUCAUCGGAGUGAAGAAAGGAGGGACGCGGGCGCUGCUGGAGUUUCUGCGCCUGCAUCCGCACAUCAGAGCGGUGGGAGCUGAGCCGCACUUCUUCGACCGCAACUACGACAAGGGACUGGAGUGGUACAGGGAAUUGAUGCCCAAGUCAUCAGAGGGCCAGCUGACCAUGGAGAAAACCCCAAGCUAUUAUGUCACCAAGGAAGUCCCUGCUCGAAUCUACUCCAUGUCUAAAGACACAAAGCUGAUUGUAGUCGUCCGGGAUCCUGUCACCCGGGCCAUCUCAGACUACACCCAGACUCGCUCCAAGAAGCCGGACAUCCCCUCUUUCGAGAGCCUGACCUUUAAAAACAUGUCAGUGGGUCUGAUUGACACCACAUGGAGCGCCGUUCAAAUUGGCAUGUAUGCUAAACACCUUGAGCGCUGGCUCCAGUACUUCCCUAUGGAGCAGCUGCUGUUUGUUAGUGGAGAGCAUCUGAUUAGCGACCCUGCAGGUGAGAUGGCUCGUGUCCAGGACUUUCUUGGGCUCAGGAGGGUUGUCACGGAGAAGUAUUUCCACUUUAACCCAGCAAAGGGCUUCCCCUGCCUUAAGAGACCCGAGGGGAACAGCAAGCCACACUGCUUGGGCAAAACCAAAGGCAGGACCCAUCCUAAUAUUGACCCAGAGGUGGUGCAGAGGCUAAGGGACUUUUAUAAACCCUUUAAUAGCAAGUUUUACCAGAUGACUGGUCAUAACUUUGGCUGGGACUGAGAGGAAAACUAUGACGACAGACUCAUGCUGGUCCCUUGUCUGUGUUUUUUUUAAAUAAUUUUAUCACUCUGAAGAUAUUGUUAUACAGUGUAUGUACAGUAUUUGGUGGAUGUGUAAAAAGUUCAAAAGUCUAUUUUAUGAUAAUUUAUUGUUAUGAUAUUAACUCACUAAGCUGCCUAACCAGGUUUAUUCAUGAUCCACCACACACUUUAUGUUCCAGUUUUAAUUCUCAUUAAGUACAUGAACAUUUUUCUAAAAGCACAAUGUUUUUACGGGUAUUAUGAGCAGUUUCAGUAUCCUUUUUUUUUCACCAGGACGUUUUUUUGGCUUCAUUUGGAUAAACUUUUGCUUCAUCUUAAGCUGAAUUAGAUCCAACUUUACAAACAACUGGUAAUAUCCCCUUAACAUUUGCCUGACCCUUAGAUGUCUGUGGACCCACUUAGUCAGGUCGAUACAGGCCUCAGCUGAUCCAGUGCCACUUGCCAGGUGGAUCAAUACAAUAAUAGCUCCUCAUCAUGUCAAUUAGACUUGAGUGAUGGCACUGCCUUGAUCUCUCGAGCAACGUAAUAAAACAUGGAUCCAUUAAUGGUAAUACGUUUAUGGUUGACCUUUGAGCCAACUUCAAGUUAAUAUAAUAGUAUAAAUUUCCACUACAAUAUUUUGACUUAACCACUAUUUAUAUUGUUUCUACAAAAGAAUAUUGAUUAGGAUCCAAUAGAGGGUCUUGUCAUGAUACUUUUGGGAUGUUUUUAUCUGUUUUCCAAAAACAUGCUUCAAAAUGCCUAAUCAUUUAUUUCUUUUUCUAAAAAGAAAAUUAUUCAUAUGGCUUAAUCCCAUUUGUUGAUCUGUACUGAAAUGGCUCGCAUGGAUCAUCCUGUACAGCUUAUUUUAUUUUAUUUUUAUUUUUUUUUACCACAGGUGAUACUAGAUAUGUUAAUGAUGCCCAUGAUACAUCAACUGAUGAAAAUAAGCAUUUCUCUAAAUCUUUGUAGUUUACUUUCAGUGAGAGCUGAAGAGAUAUAAAAAUAAACCUACAUUGGGCCACAAUUCCUCAUUUGAAUUUCAUGUAUGGUUGAGUUUUAUUCAGCCUUUAUAAACAUACAAUUGUCAGCAUUUUAACAUACGUCAUUCCACAAUGAUGUACUGCUACCCCAUAGCUGUUGAGGCACUAUUUUGCUGUAUGCAUUGCUUUACAAACAUGGAAAUGAAGCAGGUUUGUCUGAGAAGAUAAUUAAAAGGUGCAGUCAUGUAAGUUUUAUGAAGUAAGAAAUAAAUAUGUUUUACCAAAAUCA